AUGAAAAGUGGUACUUUGAAAGUGGAGAAGCAAAGCCCCUUUGCAAUUAAAAAACUAUUGAGAGUUAGAGAUCUUGCUUACCCAUGGAUAAAGAUCAAGAUAAGAGACGGGCGUUCGACAAGGUUCUGGACCGACAACUGGAGCAGCUUUGGUAACAUCAGAGAACUUCUUAGGCUCCCCUCCUCCUCGGCACUAGGCAUCAGACCUACCUCAACUCUUCAUGACAUUCAUCGGAAUGGUGUUUGGCUCAUACCGGCACCACGAUCUGAUGUGCAGGUAGAAUUUCAUGCCUUCUUAACAACCAUCACACUCAACACUGACGAGGACAGGUAUGAAUGGUGUCCCAACGGCUCAGCUACCCCAGUCUUCUCCACUGGUGGGAUUUAUCGACUCAUAAAGCACCACCAACCUCUGGUCCCUUGGAACAAGGUAGUCUGGAGCCCUAGCUUCCUCACUUGGUUAGUAGUUCUGAACAGAUGCCCUACAAAAGAUAGAAUCCUAUCUUUGGGGCUUCAAACUAACUCUAUAUGCAUCCUUUGCAACCUUGCGGAUGAGACAAGAGAUCACUUGUUCUUUGAUUGGAAUUUCUCCUCAAUGAUCUGGGAAGCACUAGCAAGGAAAGCUCGAUGCAGUCCGAUCAGCACCUGUCCCCAGCUACUUCAGUACUUGCAACAGCGAUCAUGCCCAAAACCUGAGCGAAUCCUUGGUCUCUUAACAUGGCAAGUAGCGAUGUACUACACUUGGACUGAAAGAAACAGCCGGCUUCACAGACAAUGCUACCGCUCUUCGAACUCUAUCACGGUCUCGGCGGCGGCAAUGAUCAGAAACAAAAUCUCCAGCUUCAGGGACUCUAACCCAAGACUCGCUUCGGCGAUGUUCCAACUAUGGGUUAGCAGCUAG